AUGGCGGAGUGUAACAGCUCGGUCCCGGGGUUUGUGGAGAUUUAAUCUCAUUUAAUCUAAGCUGAUAAAAAUAGUAUCAGCCAAUAUGGUGUCCUGUAAAAUAAGUGAAUUUAGCGUGUAUCUGGAAAAGUUCAGAUACAAAGUGAAACUAUUAAAAUAAGGAUGAUACGAAUGAAAACAUGAGAUGGUGGAGAAUCUACAGUUCCCGCCACAUCAAAUAUGUGCGUCUGCCGCUGUGAAUUUAAUCUGACUACAGAGACGGUGGGGAUGUGGAGAGAGGUUUGAUGAAAGGUGGAAUGAAUUAUGGACUAACAGCAUUGUUCCUGGUGGCACAGAUGGCUGGGGCAGGCUUCCUGGCACUUCCCAAGGCACUGGCUGACGUGGGUUGGCUGGGUGUACCAAUGAUGCUGUUGUUCUGUGUGAGUGUGGGCUUCGCAGGCACUAAACUCGGCCGAUGUUGGGUGAUCCUGGAGGAACGCUGGCCUGAACACAGACAACUUGCCAGACAACCAUACAUGGAUAUAGCUCACAGAUCCCUGGGCAACACUGGACGGAAGAUCACGCUGGUGUCAGUGGUUCUGAAUCUCUUCGGUAGUACCACAGUGUUCAUCAUUCUCAUCUCUGAGAUGCUGGCCAGCCUCCUGAUAGAUGCCGCCCCUGACGGCUCCUGUGCUCUCACUAAGUGCCAACUGGUUGUUAUCGUCAGUGUGGUUCUUAUUCCCUUCACUUGGCUGGGCACUCCCAAGGACUUUUGGCAAGCAUCGGUGUUAGCAGUGACAGCAACAGCAGCAGCUGUGGUGGUGAUCAUCGUAGAGAUCUUCACUGGCCAGGAGUCCAUCCCUGAUCACCCCAGGUAUCCCAACCCCACCGUCUCCUCCUUCUCGCUUGGGUUCGGUUCCAUUCUCUUCGCCUUCGGAGGAGCAGCAGUCUUCCCAACCAUCCAGAACGACAUGAAGAACAGGUCUCUCUUCUGGAAGAGCAUUUGUUUUGGAUUUGCUGGUAUAUUAACACUGUACCUGCCGGUGGCGCUGUCUGGCUACAUUAUGUACGGUGACCAAGUGAAGAGCAACAUCCUACUGACUGUGGACUCCAGUGCGGCUGUCACCGUCGCUAUUGCUCUGCAGAUCGUCAAUUUAGUGUGCACCUUCAUUAUCAGUUGCAACCCCGUCUCCCAGUCCAUCGAACAACUCUUUCAUAUUCCACACAAUUUCAACUGGAGGCGGUGUGUUGUUCGAUCUGUCACAGUGUUGCUGCAGAUGUUGAUUUGUUUGGCCAUUCCUGACUUCGGUCUGAUCCUCAACCUGAUUGGUGGUUCUCUGAUUACCCUCUGUACCUUCGUACUUCCUCCACUCAUGUACAUGCGACUGAUAGAUGAUCACAGUGGGCCCUGGAAACAUAGGACGAUGCCCAUGUGGGAGAGGAUCUUCUUGGUGGAGAUCAUUAUAGUGGGAGUGAUCGGUGGAGUGUGUUCCACCAUAACUGCCGUCUACGAGAUCGUAGAAGCUUCAUUCCAAGAAUCUUGUUUCACGACCUUCAGCCACUGUACCAAGUGAACCAAUUGUCUAUCUUCAACCCUCAACCACUGUACCGAGUGAACCGAUUGUCUAUCUUCAACCUUCUGGUCCACCAUCUACGAGAUCGUAGAAGCUUCAUUCCAAGAAUCUUGUUUCACGAGCUUCAGCCACUGUACCAAGUGAACCAAUUGUCUAUCUUCAACCCUCAACCACUGUACCAAGUGAACCAAUUGUCUGUCUUCAACCUUCAACCACUGUACCAAGUGAACCAAUUGUCUAUCUUCAAUCUUAUGAGUCCACCCAGUAAUGUCUUCCCUUAGGUCAGGUGUUCUUGACGAUUUUAAUAUUAUAGACACCCAAUAAACUGCCCAAUAUAUGUCCAUACCUCCUUCACCAGACUGUGGAAAUUAUCACCAUUAUCACUAGUCCUAAUAUAUGUCCAUACCUCCUUCACCAGACUGUGGAAAUUAUCACCAUUAUCACUAGUCCUAAUAUAUGUCCAUACCUCCUUCACCAGACUGUGGAAAUUAUCACCA